CUUCGCACAAUCCGUGACGGUCACCUCCGCGCCCACUCAUCCAUGGCGCACGCUUCCUUUGCAAUCCGUGACGAGGCGUCUCUCAACGUGCUCAUUCCGAUGGGCGGCCGCGGCGAAGUCUUCCGCGAGGCCGGCUACGUCUUUCCAAAGCCGCUCAUCAAGAUUGCAGGCCGGCCGAUGCUCUUCCACAUGCUCGACAACCUGCAGCUGCGGCUGGGCGAUGUGAUCUGGCUCGUCGUGCCGCACUCGAUGCACGGCCAGUACGAGGCCGAGUUUGCGCUGCUGCAGCGGCAGUAUCCUGCUGCCGACAUCCGCGUCGUCACCUUCAAGAUGGUGACGCGCGGGGCGGUCGAGACGCUCUUCAUCGGGCUGCAGCACAUGUCGCCGGCCGAGCUGUCGCGCAAGACCCUCUGCCUCGACUGCGACAACCUCUACUUCUCCGACGUGCUCGGCGCCUUCCGCACGCUCCCGCGCGACACGUCCGCCUGCUUCUACUUCACCGACCGGGGGACGGCGGCGAUCUACUCGUACCUGCGGCUCGAGGAGGGGAGCGGCGCGGUGCUUGAGGUGGCAGAGAAGGUCGCCAUAUCGGACCACGCCAACGUCGGCGCCUACGGCUUUGCCUCCGGAUCGCUCCUGCACCGCUUCGCGCGCGACGUGCUCGACGACCCGCGGAGAGAGGCGAUGCACUACUAUGUCUCCAACCUCAUCUCGCGCAUGCUCGACCAGGGACGCCCCUUCGUCGGUUUGCCCGCCGAGCAGACGUCGCAGUGCGGCACGCCCACGAGGCUCGAGGCCUUCAUCGACACGGUCGCCGCGGGGCGCGCGCUCGGCUCGAUCAAGCGCCGCUUCUGCUUCGCGCUCGACGACGUGUUGGUCACGCACCCGCAGGCCAUAUCUCCCCACAUCUCCCCAUAUCUCCCCCUAUCUCGACGACGUGUUGGUCAAGCAUCCGCAGGCCGCGCAACGUUGCCUCC